AUGGCUCCGCAGCUCAUCAAUGAACCUCCUCCUCGUCGCUCUAUCUCUCUGCAGCAAGCAAUGAAACUGCAAAACGAGGAUAGGGCAUUUGAAACCGCCAAGAAGUGCCUACGUGCACUGUCAAAAAAAUUUCUAGAUGUCCAUGUCCCAUAUACGCAACAAGACCCCGAAAGAUGGGAUAUAUUCGUGCAGAAGGCUAUCAAUCGCUAUCCGUUAUUCAAGAAAUAUAAGGAUGCAUGGCCGAUCAAAUGGUAUAUGAUCAAGCACCUGGGACACACCGCGUAUGUAUCCCGACAGCAAACCAAGUUUGGACAAGGGGGCAGAGGACAAGUUGCCAAUAAUCCAGAGUCAGACAACCCAGAUGCAACGAUGGGCGAGUCAGACCUUAAAGGAAGCACAGUUCUCCCUUUAGGAGAUCAAGUGGACCCUGUGUCUGCAACCUCAGGACUGGCUGCGACUGACCCCAGGGUUGAAGGUUUGACAGGUCAAACAUCCACGGGAGGGAACGGGGAUGUCCAAACCAGCAACAUUGACAUAGUGAGUCUCAAUGAUAUAUUAUAUCACAUGAACAUCUCUGGUCUAGGUCUUGAUGAUGCUGUUGAUAGCUAG